ACGUAUACUAUAAGAAUAAAUAAUUCAUCACUAGUGUUCAAAACAUGGGUGAAGUAAACAAGGACUUGCAAAGAGAAAGAGACAAUUGUUCGUUCGAUAUAAAGGUUUUGACUACGUUUAUAGAUGGAACGCCGCAAAAGACAUUGGAGCGUAAAUAUAGAGAAAAGAUAAUGUUAAGCGAGCGAGAGCUGUCAGAAGGAGUAGCAGAGGAGUACCUCGGCCAUAAGGAGAGAUACGAGAACAGCAUUAGGAAAUCUGUAAUACUUUUCAAGUUGGUUCGUCGGUUGCAGGAAGAAGGACGAUCUAACAUCACGAACUAUCGAGACGUAAUAAGCGGCCUCCUAGGCUCAUCAAGUACGCGCGAUGGCUCACCAUUCGGCGUGCACUACAUCAUGUUCAUGCCGGCCAUCCUGAACCAGGGCACUGAGGAACAGCAGAUGACGUGGCUGCCCAGAGCUUGGAACUGCAGCAUUAUUGGGAGCUAUGCUCAGACGGAGUUGGGACACGGUACUUUCAUCCGCGGGCUGGAGACGACCGCCACUUAUGAUCCUGACAUGAAGGAGUUCGUGCUGCACAGCCCCACUCUUACUUCGUACAAAUGGUGGCCUGGUGGAUUGGGCCAGACGGCCAACUACUGCAUUGUGGUAGCCCAGCUGUACACAAAAGGCCAGUGCCACGGGAUCCACUCGUUCAUCGUCCAGGUCCGAGACGAGGACACGCACGUGCCACUACCUGGGAUUAAGGUGGGAGAUAUCGGAGCCAAGUUGGGCCUCAACUCAGUUGACAACGGCUUUCUGGGCUUCGACCACUUGAGGAUACCGAGGGAUCACAUGCUGAUGAAGCAUGCACAAGUUCUAGAGGAUGGCACAUACGUCCGGAAUGCAAGGAACACCAAGCUAAACUACGGCGCCAUGGUGUUCGUGCGAGUGGUGAUCGUUUACGACAUGGUCAACUACCUGUCGAAGGCGGUCACCAUUGCCACGCGGUACUCAGCGGUGCGCCGGCAGAGCCAGCUGAAAGAAGGAGAACCAGAGCAACAGAUCCUCGACUACGUAACGCAACAGCACAAGAUCUUCAUCGGCAUAGCGGCGUGCCAUGCGCUAAGGCUCACCGCCAACAUGCUGUGGGAGACGUUCCAUGACGUCACUGAACAGCUGGUGGACGGAAAUCUGGAGAGGCUGCCGGAGUUACACGCCUUAGCUUGCUGCUUAAAAGCCGUCAGUACGGCCGACACCAGCAUGUACGUGGAGCGCUGCCGGCUCGCUUGCGGCGGACACGGCUACAUGCAGUCUUCCAACCUGCCCAUGACGUACGGGUUGGUUACCGCAGCUUGCACUUACGAGGGGGAGAACACGGUGCUACUGCUGCAGACUGCUAGGUAUUUAGUAAAGACCUGGCAGACUGGCAUGGAUAACCUGACACCAACUCUAGCCUACUUCAAAACAGCCAGCUCUCCCGGCUUCUCACGGUGGGAAAACUCCGUCGAUGGCAUCGUUCGGGGGCUGCAGAAGGUCGCUAUGGGGAAAGUGGCAACAUGCGUUAAGAACUUAAAGAAACGCGUUGACUCCGGGAUGUCGCCUGAAGACGCUUGGAACUGCACCUCGGUCCAACUGGUCUCAGCGGCUGAAGCACACUGUCGAGUGAUAAUAACGUCCACAUUCCACGACGAGAUCAGGAAACUGGACGCGAGCGUGCCGGCUGAAGUGCGUCUAGUGUUACAGCAACUAGUUGAGCUGUACGCCCUCUACUGGGCGUUGGAGAAACUCAACGAUCUGUUACUGUACACGAGCAUAUCGUCACAUGACGUGGACGAGCUGCAAUAUUGGUAUGAGGAGCUCCUGGCCAAGAUACGACCUAAUGCCGUGGGGCUGGUCGAUGCCUUCGACAUCAUAGAUGGCAUCCUCCAAUCAACGCUGGGCGCGUACGACGGGCGCGUGUACGAGCGCCUCAUGGAGGAGGCCCUCAAGAGCCCGCUCAACGCGGAACCCGUCAACGAGAGCUUCCACAAAUACCUGAAGCCCUUCAUGCAGGGGAAACUGUGAUAAAC